GUCAUCCCUCGGAUCCCAGCACCACCUCCGCCUCCCCCCUCUCUCUCUUCUUCACCCCUUUCUCCCCGACCCACUCCAAGAACGAGCGAAGGAACGCCUCUUCUUCCCGCCGAUUCCUCCUCCUCCUCCUCUCACCCAGCUCCGUCAUUCCACCCACCCACGCGAAGAAAGAAGCGCCUCUUCUUCCGUCGGCCGCCAUGGCCUCCGACACCUCAGCCGACGCAGCCGAGGUCGACAGGCUCUACGAGUUCGGCGAGCGGCUUAACGAGGCCAAAGACAAGUCAGAGCAUGUGAGUGACUACGAGGGGAUCAUAGCGGCUGUGGAAGGGCAUUGCGUGAAGGCGAAGCAGUUGGCCGCGCAGCUCAUCCCGCGGUUCUUUAAGUUCUUUCCGGGUCUCUCCAGCAGGGCCGUGACCGCGCUUUUCGAUUUGGUCGAGGAGGACGAUCUUGGGAUCAGAGUACAGGCUAUUCGUAGCCUUCCUCUUCUGUGCAAAGAUACACCAGAAUAUGUAUCUAAAAUUGUUGAUGUUCUUGGGCAACUAUUAACAUCUGAGGAAAACGUGGAGCGUGAUGCGGUGCAUAAAGCUCUUAUGUCCCUUUUAAGGCAGGAUGUAAAAGCUUCUUUAACAGCUUUGUUUAGGCAUGUUGAGAUAGGAAUGGAAAAUGUUCGGGAGAAAGUUAUUUGUUUUCUUAAGGACAAGGUGUUUCCUAUUAAAGCUGAGCUGCUGAAGCCUCAAGUGGAGAUGGAAAGGCACGUGACCAAUUUGGUGAAAAAGAGUUUACAAGAUGUAACUGGUGCUGAAUUUAAAUUAUUCAUGGACUUCCUGAGGAGUUUUAGCAUAUUUGGUGUUGGUGUACCUCCAGAACAUAUUCAAGAACUUAUUGAGAUUAUAGAAGGACAAGCGGACCUGGAUGCACAAUUCAAUGUUGAAGAUAUCGAUCAUAUAGAUAGAUUGAUUUCAUGCAUGUGUAUGGCUCUUCCGUUUUUUGCAAGAGGUGCCUCAAGCAGCAAGUUCCUCAGUUAUAUCAACAAGCAUAUAUUACCUGUAUUUGAUAAGCUUCCUGAAGAAAGGAAGUUAGAUUUGCUCAAGAAUGUUGCUGUAAGUUCACCUUAUGCAACUGCACAGGAUUCACGCCAACUUCUUCCAUCUAUUGUUACACUUUUAAAGAAGUACAUGCCUCGGAGAAAGACAGAGGGGCCUAAAUAUGAUUAUCUUGAAUGCUUAUUUUUCUCAUUUCACCAUUUAGCACAUAAGACUCCAAACUCUACAAAUAGCCUUUGUGGUUACAAGAUAGUAACUGGCCAGCCAUCAGACAGACUUGGGGAGGAUUUUUCAGAAAAUUAUAAAGAUUUUACUGAGAGAUUAAGCUCUACAGAGGAAGUUGUCAAGAACGCCAUAAAGAAACUAACCCAGGGGAUGGCUGAUCAUAACAAAGCAUUGUCUGUGGCAAAGACCGAAGAGGAAAAGGCUAACAUUAAAACAGAGCAGCAGAAAACGACAACAGCACUGCAUAACUGUAACAAUAUACUGGCUAUGACUCAGCUCUUACAUGCGAAAGCGCCUUUAUUUAUUGGAGACAAUAAAAUCAACCUGUCUUGGAAGGAACCCAUGAAACAGUCGUCGGCUUCGACAAUGCCUACAGGGAGUAAGAGAAAAGCAGCUGCGCCGGUUAAUGGGUCAAGAAGCACAAGCGCCACAGUUGAAAAGAAGGCACGAGGUGAGGGAAUCGUUCAAAGCCAGCUUGUUAACAGGGCAUUGGAAGGCUUGUCUCGAGGUGGUGGCGGCAGAAGUGGAAGGGCUGGAAGGGGCUGGGGUGGAAGAGGAAGAGGAAGAGGAAGAGGAUGGGGAUGGGGUUUCCGUUAGGACAGAAGGGACUUCAGUUCGUCUCACCAGCUGCAGCAUUGACAAAUUUUUUUGUUUUUUCUCCCCGAUAGGUAGGAUGAGGCAACAGCACCACCCCCCAACCCCUCCCCAGGCAUGGUUGACUUGUAAGCAUAGAUGUAUGUAUUUAAUGCUUAGCUGCAUCAGAUUUUUGCUUACCUUUGUCCAAUGGCAUUUUACCAGUAAUUCACUAGUGUUGUCCGUGACUCAGAAUGUUAUUUGUUUAAUUCUGUCGGCUGCCACUCUUUCGCUUAGUUUCA